AUGGUGGUGACCAUGCUGGUGACGGAAGACGCAGGAUGGGCCCUGCUGCCCCACGUCGAGCCUUCUCCAUACACAUGGUUCAACCUGCAGGCCCGCAAGCGCAAGUACUUCAAGAAGCACGAGAAGAAGAUGUCCAAGGAGGAAGAGCGUGCAGUCAAAGAUGAACUGCUGGGAGAAAAAUCAGAGAUCAAACAGAAAUGGGCGUCGAGGCUCCUCGCCAAGCUCCGCAAGGACAUCCGGCCAGAGUUCCGGGAGGACUUUGUCCUCACCAUCACCGGGAAGAAAGCYCCCUGCUGCGUCCUCUCCAACCCCGACCAGAAGGGUAAGAUCAGGAGGAUCGACUGCCUGCGCCAGGCCGACAAGGUGUGGAGGCUGGACCUGGUCAUGGUCAUCCUGUUCAAGGGCAGCCCACUGGAGAGCACGGACGGAGAGCGGCUGGCCAAGUCGCCCCAGUGCUCCAACCACGGCCUGUGUGUCCAGCCGCAUCACAUCGGUGUCUCCGUCAAAGAGCUGGAUCUCUACCUGGCCUACUUCGUCCAGGCACCAGGUCAGUCAUCUGUGUUUGUUAGUGGAUACACGCACCCUCCUCUCUCUCUCUGUCUCAUACAUACAGUCUGACAGAUAAACACACAGCUGUCAUUUUUUWAUGUUUAUUUAAACCAGUUUAUUUUUCUUUACUUGCAAAUGUAUUUGUGUUGUACAAAUAGAAGGGAUUUAACAGAGAUUAUAAACAAAUAACGAAAUAUAAAGCCAAACAUAUUACAUGAUCAUUUAAUUUCACCUGAAUGCAAUUUAAUAAUGUAGAUUCCAGUGGCAAUGUGACAGAGAAUGAUGUGAGUGUGUUGUGAUUUAGUGUGUGUGAAAGAGCGAUUUAGUCAGCAUCCACGGAAGAGGGAGGAUGUGUUUCUGUGUGUGAGAGUGUGAGCUAUUUUGCUAGUGUGUAUAUGAGCAUGUAUUUUGCAUUGAUGAGACGGGGAUUGUGUGCAUGUGAGUGAAAGGGUGUGUUUACGAGAGGGUAGCGUGUGUGUGUGUGUGUGUAUAUUUAGGAAGGCCCGUUGGUUGCUGCUGGGAUUCUCUGGGGUUGGCCUGGGACCAGGAUGUUGUGAGCGGUGUGUGUAUGUCCUCUCAGGCCGCAAGCUGCCUCCUCUUCUCCGUCUGCCUGAUGAGCGCCAGCACCGCACCGAGCCUGGCUGCCAAACACCGUCUCAGCCACCGCCGCCACCGCCGUAUAUAAACACACACACACACACACACACAGUCAACGCCGCACACCCACAAAGCCAAACAUAGUCUAGGCUGCACACACACAAAGCCUAACACCGUUUCAGUCGCCAUUGCACACACCACACACCCUACAUACAGCCAAACAUAGUAUCAGUCGCUGUCGCACACA